GUGAGUGCCGACCGCCUUGUGUUCGCGACGAACCUGCCGCACUGGGCCGAUAAUGAGACAGAGUCCGAUACCGUACGGAAGUUCCACGCUGCUGUGACAGAUGAGAAAAAGAGGACGCCGCUGUCGCUGAGGGCCUUUGCCGGUACACAACUUGUACAGACUGUUCUUUCACGGAUGGAUAUUGUGAACGCGGACACCCUGAGUGGUUUCUUUUACAGAAAUAUCGCCGUCACUUCUGAUGACAUGUUGUAUGGAUCAUUUGCUGAUGGGAGUGAGUGUGCUCAGCAAGGUAUUGUUGAUACUGCAAAUUGU